AAUAAAACCCCAAAACCAAAAAAACCCUAAUCCUAACAUGAGGAAAUCUCAACGUUUUCAAUUUCCUCCCUCCGCCGUGGAUUCUCGGCGUCGACCUCCGCGCUUCUUCUACAUAGGUGUCUCUUCGGCAAGUAAUAGAUAUCUAACACAAGAAAUUGCUUUAGGAAUUUAGUGAACGAUGUGGUGGCGACGUGGGGUUCUCGCCCAUGCGCAUGGAGCUCUCAGGCCAAAAAAUGAGCCAUUUUGGUUAUUUACUGCGCUUUCUUACUCAGAUUCGCCUGCGAAGAAGAAGGGAAAAGCGACUCCUUUGCAGGAGAGGAGGAUGGUGGAUCGUUUUAGGGUUUGGGCCAAAGGAGGUGAAGGAGGAAAUGGGUGCUGGAGCUACCGGCGAAGCCGAACGGACCGCCACGGCACACCUGAUGGAGGCAAUGGUGGAAGAGGUGGUGAUGUUUAUUUGGAAUGCUCAGCAACUCUGUGGGAUUUCAGUAAUCUGCAACACCACUUGAAUGCCAAAAAGGGGGGUAAUGGAAUUUCAAAAAACAUGAUUGGGACCCGUGGAUCGGACAAGGUUGCACACGUUCCAGUGGGCACUGUGGUUCAUUUAGUCAGCGGCACUCUUCCUACAUUAGUGAGCAAUAAUUCAAUUACCUCCAUGGAUCCUUGGGAAAUUCCUGUUACUUAUGAAGAUCCUCUAUCUCCUGCAGAAACAAAUAAGCAGAGAUUCAAUAAGCUAAAACCUUCACCUCUAUUGAAAAAGGUUGAAGAUGAGCACUGCAAUAACUGCUCUUAUGAAAAAGUUUCAGAAGAACUGGAGAAGGAUCAAUGGUGGAAAGAUGCUGAUAAUGAUGAUGAUGAGUGGUGGAAAGCCGACAACAAAGCUGAGGAAGCCGAGGAAUGGCACUUCGAGUUUGAUGAAUCUGUGCAAUAUUCUGUCGCCGAAUUAACCCAACCCGGGCAACGCAUAUUAGUCGCUCGGGGCGGCGAAGGGGGGCUCGGCAACGCUGCUCUUAACAAAGACGUGAAGCACCACCGAAGGCUCAUGAAGCUCAAUGCUUCAUCUUCCACGCAAACCUUAGAUGAUGAAGAGUUAUUCUCAUUAAUUUCGGGCGCAUUGGGUUCGGACUCAGUCCUCAUAUUAGAGCUCAAGAGCAUUGCCGAUGUCGGGCUCGUCGGGAUGCCGAACGCCGGCAAAAGCACUCUCCUUGGUGCGAUUUCGCGGGCGAAUCCGGCGGUCGGCGACUACGCUUUCACUACUUUGAGGCCGAACAUUGGGAGAUUGAACUAUGAUGAUUUCUUCUCGAUUUCGGUGGCGGAUAUUCCCGGACUUGUGAGAGGAGCUCAUGAGGAUAGAGGGCUUGGCCAUGCUUUUCUUCGGCACAUCGAGCGAACCAAGGCUCUCGCUUAUGUCGUUGACUUGGCGGUGGAGGGAACGAAGGGGGUUAUGCCAUGGGAGCAACUGAGAGAUCUGGUUUUGGAGCUUGAAAAUCACAAGGUGGGUUUGUCGAGGCGGCCGUCAAUUAUUGUGGCGAAUAAGAUUGAUGAGAAAGGAGCCGAGGAGGUUUACGAGGAAUUGAAGAUUAGGGUUCACGGAGUUUCGAUAUUGCCAGUCUGUGCUGUGUUAGGUGAGGGUGUUGAAGAGUUGAAAGUUGGGCUGAGGAAGCUGAUGAAGGGGAGUGAAUCCAGAUAUCUGGAGUUGAGUAACAUUACACUUGAUUAGGAGCAAAUAUUGAGUGCAGCCACUGCACGUCCGGACGGGUCCGAAUGGACCGCCGUGUAUUGUAGUCGCAUUUGGACCGUCGUCCGGAAGUACAGUCCACUGCACGCAAUAUUUUUCUCUUGGCGUUGAUAUUUAAAUACAUAAAGAUUGAGUGGCAUGUAUCUUUAUUUUCCUUUUUAUAUGAUGUGAUGAUUUCAUGCA